GUGUGCAAAGUCGCAAGAAACUGCAAGCAAGGACGAGUUCUGCUUUCUCUUUUUCGGUCACACCAUAAAGAUCCACGGCAGCGACGCGACGGAUCCCCCCCCCCAAAAAAAAAAAAAAAAAAAACAGCAAACAUGCAGUCCCACUUGCUUGCGUUAAUCUUUGUGUGCGUGCAUUGCGGAACAAGUGCACUGGCGGUCACCGUCACCGCUGCGCCCCCCUCCACCAACUCCAGCAGCGCGGACGCCGGGAUGGAGGGCGCCGUUUCUUCGAAGAGCAGGAGGAAGCGUUACAUCACCCAGAGCGACAUGGUGGCUAUUCUUGAUUUCCACAACAAAGUGAGGGGCAAGGUGUUCCCUCCGGCGUCGAACAUGGAAUACAUGGUGUGGGAUGACACUCUGGCUCAGUCGGCUGAGAACUGGGCCCACGUCUGCAUGUGGGAGCACGGCCCGGCUCACCUCCUCAGAUUUCUGGGUCAGAACCUCUCCGUCAGGACAGGACGGUACCGUUCCAUCCUUCAGCUUGUGAAGCCGUGGUACGACGAGGUCAAAGAUUACUCCUUUCCUUACCCCCGCGACUGCAACCCCCGAUGUCCUCUCAGAUGCUACGGCCCCAUGUGCACCCAUUACACACAGAUGGUGUGGGCGACCUCCAACAAAGUGGGCUGCGCCGUCCACACGUGCCACAACAUGAACGUUUGGGGGUCCGUGUGGAAACGGGCGACAUAUUUAGUCUGCAACUACUCGCCAAAGGGCAACUGGAUCGGAGAGGCUCCCUACAAAGUCGGGGUCCCCUGCUCCGCGUGCCCCCCCAGCUACGGGGGCUCGUGCAGCAACAACAUGUGCUUCCCCGCUAUGAAGACAAACUACCUGCACUGGUUCAAGUAAAGGAGGCCUGACCUGCCACACCCCCACAGAGACGAUAUACUCAUCAAAAGGCGAAAGGAUUUGCACAGCCACCUAAUUUUGUAUAUAUGGCUUAUUUAAAGACAAAAAGAAAGAUUUAAAGGCAGCAGACAAUGUUAACAAUUUGUACAUAAACUGUAAAUUCAUGUAAACUAUAGAAGACUUUUUUUGUUUGUACUUCCUGUGAUUGUUUUUUUUUUCCAAUUUAUGUCCAAAAUGGGUCCUUAAAAUCACACACACACGGUGCUACGUAUCUUUUACUAUUGCCAAUGUAGCGACUAAUGUCCCGAAUAUCAAAAUAGCUGCUCUAGGUACUCACUAUGGUGCUACAGGAGGCCAGCAUCACACCUCCAUGUUGUGUUUGCUGCCUGUUUUUUUUUUUUUUUAAAUGGGAAUGUUGGGAUUAAACUUCAAAUGGACGCCAGUAUAGCAACACCACAUGCUUCAUCCUCAGGCAUCGACUUUUUUUCCUGUGAGGAAUUGACAAAAGUGCACUUACUUGGGAAAUCUAAAUGUACAGUAUAGAUUUGUUUUUUCUCGUUUCACCCUUUUGUUUAGAAUUUAUGUUUUUAUAGCGAAACAUAUUGGACUUUUUUUUAAUCUGUUUGAUAAUCUUAGUUGUUUCACUGUACAUUGGUAUAUUUAAUAUUCACUUGUUUUGAUGUAUCGGACUGAUCUACUGUUGUCUUUGUGAUGCAGUUUUGGAGCAAGACACUCAAGUGCACCUUAAUUCUUUGUAAAUGUCCAAAAAUACCAAGAAAAUCUGUUUUAUUAUUUUUUUUUGUUUGUGUACAUAAUUAUUUUACCUUGACUAUCCAUAAACUACAAUUAAUGUGUAAGUUAUUCAUUUUUAUAUUGGGAAAUAUUUAAGUGGUAUUCAUUUUUUGUAUUGUUUGAUGAAAGGAUUGCACAUACAGCAAAACAAUUUAAUAGCGUGAAGUUCAUUAGAAAUCAAGCAUUUCCACAAUAUUGCCAAGCAUUAUUUUUUCUUUCAAGAAUGCAUUUCCAGCAUAAUUGAUCAACUCAGAAACAGUCAACUGUGACUCAAACAAAAGAAAAUAAUAUUCCGCACUGAUUACUAGUCAUUUAUGCAAUAAACUGCUCUUUUACUUUUGAAAUUGUUAAUAAAGUGCUCUGAAAUUGGUCUAAAUUUGUGGUGAACAGCAAACCUGAAGUUAUUGCAUACUUUAUAAAUUGGGUACAGUUUAAUAAAAUACCUACAUAUACUUUUUUAAAGCAGUUAUUAACUUGAAUAACAUUUACCUGAAAGUAAUUGGCAAACCACCACAGUAAAUUCGGUAAAUUUUAUAAACAGUAUUACAGAACACACCUCUGUCCACCUAAUCCAGGGGUGUCAAACUGAUUUUUCUCGUGGGCCACAUUGUUGUUCCGGUUUCCAUCAGGGGGCCAUUAUGACCGUGUAACACAAAUAUU